AUGGUGGACCAGCAGCUAGGGGAGCAGCAGACAGGGGAGCCGCAGACAGGGGAGCAGGAGCUGUGGGGAAUCAGAGAUGUGCCGCAUCGUCACGGUGGUGAGCAGCAAAGCGACAGCGACGGCCACCCACUGGCAUGGUUCACGCAGUUCGGCGAAACGGGCCCCACGUUCAAGUCCCGUCUCUACACCUAUUCCAACAAGCAAAACCCCGCCGCGAUCUGGUAUCACGACCACACGAUCGGCUGGACGCGCCUUAAUACCGUCGCCGGCAUCGGAGGGCUCUAUGUGAUUAAGGACCCCAAGGGAUAUGAGCGCAAGCUGGGGUGGUUGCCGAGCGGCGCGCGCGAGGUGGCUCUGGCGAUUUCGGAUCGCACGUUCUUCGCCAACGGGUCGAUUAACUACCCCAAUGUCGGAAUCGUGCCGCGUGUGCACCCGAACUGGAACCCCGAGUAUCUGGGCAACACGAUCGUCGUUAACGGCAAGGUGUGGCCGUACAUGCGCGUGCGCCCCGCAAUGUACCGCAUGCGUCUGCUCAACGCCGCCAAUGCGCGCGUGUUCAACCUCAAGUGGGUGUGCGCCGCGCGCGCCGAUUACCCCAACUUCGUUCCGCCCAUCGAGGGCCCCGCGAUGUCCGUCAUCCAGAUUGGCACUGACGGCGGUUAUUUGGUCCGCCCUGUGCGCCGCACCGAGGUGCUUCUGGCCCCCGGCGAGCGCGUGGAUCUCCUCGUCGACUUCUCCCUUGUCCCGUCGGGCUGCAAGGACGUGAUUAUAACGAACGACGCGCGCGCGCCCUUCCCCGCGGGCCAGCCCGUGACUGCGGAAACGGGCGUGGUGAUGCGCAUCAACAUCUUGAAUAAGAAGCGCAUCCCGUCUCCAGUCAUUCCCAAGAAGAUCAGCUGGAUGCCCAAGGUGCCAGCAGUGAACAGGGAGCGGUACGCCACGCUGGUAGAGAUCAUGGAUCGUGCGACCAACCUGCCUAUCCGCGUUACUAUCGACGGCAAAUCAUACAUGGACCCUGUUACCGAGACUCCUAAGCAGGGUGACACUGAGGCAUGGUAUCUCAUCAACCUAUCAGCCGACGCACACCCGAUGCACGUUCAUCUUGUCCAGCACCGUCCCGCCUGGCGCCGCCCAUUUGAUGUGGCCGGUUACCAGGCCGGUCGUUGCUCGUUCACUGACAAAACCAAGCCUAGCUGUUACACUGGUAACCGGCAGCUGGUUGGCUACCACGAGAGGGGCUGGAAGGAUACCACCCUGGCGUAUCCUGGGCAAGUUCUGAAGCUGAUUCUCACAUUCAAGCGCCAGGACAUGAUGCUGUUCGAGUUUGAUGCCAGCACUGGCCCUGGCUACGUGUGGCACUGUCACAUCCUGGACCAUGAGGAUAAUGACAUGAUGCGACCCUUGGUCAUCAAGAAGUAG